CAUUGAUCCCAGGAAGAGAAAAAGAUUGUCUCACAAACGAGAGGGCUGAAUCUGAAUAGUUUGCUCGCAUGGGAAUGACGAUUGCGACCAGGGCUGAUUCUGAGCGUCUUGGUCCGCUGGGCAACGAAGUGCCCAAAAGAGCCGCCCAAAACAAACUCUCUUUCUCUCGCGAUUCGGCCCAACUCAAUGAGAGUCAAAAAUGGACCGAAAAGUUGUCCGGGCAGCUGAGGCAAGAAAAUACGCAAUGGGAAUUGGAAUGCGGGGGGUGGGGAUGAAUAGAAAACAGACAAUUCCUUAAGGCCUCGGGAGCACAGCAAACAAGAAGUAGAAGAAUGGAAACCCACCCAGCCCAGUAAAGCAGGCAAGCCACCUCCUCCCUCCCUAUCAUCAUGAUGACAGAAAGGACCCGGACUGGAAAGAGAUAUGAAGUGCCUACUUGCUUGCAUUGCACAGUGCAUAGGACUGGACGAGUCUCAUAGCCUUCCAGCCUGCAUUGCAUUUCCCCGACGAUCGAUCCUUAUUCGCAAGGAGAAGGAAGGCCCGCGGGAGCUGCGCGCCGCGCGCCCAACGGCGGCGGCCACUUCUAGAGAACGAGCGGGGAAACAAGCUAUUAGACUUUUGUUAGGGGUGAAACGGCAGGUGAGAAAGCGUGGUUGGCAUAAAAGCAGGCGUAGAACGGUUACGAUCGCAGAGUUCGAGCUGAAGUCUGGCGACGCUCAGACUGUCUGUUCCGGUGGAGGGUGUUGGGGGGAUUGUUUGUGUGUACCGUUUGGCCCCCCGGCAUCUCUCUCGACCCCUGCUCACCCCGAGACUAAACCCGCAGUGACCAUCACUCUUCAAUGCAGGGUACAGAGCACGGUCAUUCGCUGCAGGGAGACGAGAGGGAGGAUCCAGCCGAAUCCAGAUCGUCGUGUCGCGGGAGAGGGAGGGCAGCAGACGGGAUGGGACUGUACCCUUGCUGGCAACAAUGAGAGAUUUCCACGCUGUUGGGAUUCUCCUGCUUCAGCUGUCAGUCUCGGUUUCGGCCUCUGCUUGACCAAGGACUGGGCUGACUGACAUCAUUGGCCAUUAAAGCUUCACAUUGCACAGACGAACAACCGGGUGCCCAGCCCAUUGCAGUUAAGCAUGUAAACGUUCAAGCUCCCAAGCCUUGCAAGCUUGA